GUCUCUUCCCAGGGUGAGCUUGAAGCCCUGGCUGACCGGAUCCUGCCCUGCCUCUGGUAGGUCCUGUCACUUUCGCUUCUGGACCCCAACUUCCUCCUGCAUCAAGAAGGACCUUGAGAGUGGGGAGUGGCCGGACUCAUUCCCUCUGAACCCACAGUCCAAAGUUGUAAAAGCCACCAGACUGGAUCACCAUUGUGAAACCCCAGGCGCAUUUGAGAAAUCGACCCAUGAGUGGUGAGUGCCGUGUAUAACAGCAGCAGAGAACUGAAUGCUCCCGACUCUUCUCAAGUCUAAAUGGUGACAUUGGCCUAUAUAUAUUACUAUUGGGGUAGUUUCUACUACAAGUUGCUUCUGGACUUCUGCUAAAUACACACUAACACCUCUCAGGUCAUGGUGGAGGAAAAUCAUUGGUGCUGAGAGCCCCAAUACUUCCUUAAACAGGGGACUGUUCCCAGUGGUUGUUUGAGAUGCUGUGGAAGCUGCUACGCAGAAGACUUUUGUGUUUUCCCACUAAAUACUUCAUUUGGCUUCUUAUUUUUUCCCUCGUCACUUUCACUAUUUUAAGAUUUCAUCAAAAGCCAUUUGUAAGUGUUCGCCAUCUGGAGCUGGUUGGCGAGAAUCCUAGUAGUGACAUUAAUUGCACCAAAGUUUUGCAAGGCAGCAAAGAGGAAAUUCAAAAAGUCAAGCUUGAGAUCCUAACAGUGAAAUUUCGAAAACAACCUCGAUGGACCACCUACGACUACAUAAACAUGACCAGCGAUUGUACAUCUUUCAUCAAGAGGCGCAAGUAUUUCACCGAGCCCCUCAGCAAGGAAGAGGCUGAGUUUCCAAUCGCUUAUUCGAUAGUGGUCCAUCAUAAAAUCGAAAUGUUGGACAGGCUCCUGCGCGCUAUCUAUAUGCCCCAGAAUUUUUAUUGCAUUCAUGUGGACAAAAAAUCGGAGGAGUCCUUUCUGGGGGCAGUAACUGGCAUUGCAUCCUGUUUCAGUAACGUGUUUGUAGCCAGCCGGCUGGAGAACGUGGUCUAUGCUUCAUGGAGCCGCGUCCAGGCAGACCUCAACUGCAUGCAGGACCUGUACCGCAUGAGUGCCACAUGGAAGUACCUGAUAAAUCUCUGCGGCAUGGAUUUCCCGAUCAAAACCAACCUGGAAAUUGUCAGGAAGCUCAAGUCAUUGAUGGGUGGAAACAACCUGGAGACAGAGAAAAUGCCGCCCAAUAAGAAGGAAAGGUGGAAGAAACACUACGAAGUGGUCAGCGGGAAGCUGACCAAAACUGGUGCCGACAAAGCGCCCCCUCCUCUCCAGACACCUCUCUUUUCUGGCAGUGCCUACUUUGUGGUUAGUAGGCAGUUUGUGGGGUACGUGUUAGAGAAUGAAAGAAUCCAGAGGUUUAUGGAGUGGGCGAAGGACACCUACAGCCCUGAUGAGUAUCUCUGGGCCACGAUUCAGCGGAUCCCUGAAGUCCCAGGCUCCAUGUCCUUAAGCCACAAGUACGACAUGUCUGACAUGCUUGCCAGUGUGAGGUUUGUCAAGUGGCAGUACUUUGAAGGUGACACUGCCAAGGGCGCGCCCUACCCCCCCUGCAGCGGGGUCCAUCUGCGCUCCGUGUGCGUGUUUGGAGCCGGUGAUUUGAAGUGGAUGCUGGGCACGCACCACUUAUUUGCCAAUAAAUUUGACACUGAUGUGGACCUUUUUGCCAUCCAGUGCCUGGAUGAGCACCUGCGGCAUAAAGCCCUGCAGGCAUUGAAACACUGACCACUGCAGGCAGUUUUAGGAACAGGAAGAGGCCCAUGUGGUGGCCUUCCCCGGAUCUUCUGUCCUGUUCCCAAGCAUUAACAGAGGGUGCUCCCAGGGCAAUCAAGUUGCGUGGUUUCUGCAGUGCAGUUGGUGAAGAAGCACGUGGCACUGAAAACUGAGCUUGUGUCAGUGCGAGGUCACGGCUGACUGCAGGGCACUGUGGGGCCAGGUUGCCUGGUGGCUGGCAAGAGGCAGAAGACAAACCAAACCUAUUCAAAGAGCUCAGGGAUAUGACACAACAGUGAGGUUUGACCUAUGCCAAAAUGCACGUUGAGAGUUUUAAGGAUGGUAGUUGUCCUUGCUUGAACAAUAACAAAUUCCAGCAAUAACAAAUCAUGAGGGCGUGAUUUCUCUUGUAGAUUGUAUUUUUGGAAAUAUGAAAUUUGCCUGUUCUCUGAAUGAGCUGGGUAAAUAGUUUACUUCCUGCUGAGCAUCAUGCCACGUGGGGUAUCAGUCCACGUUAUCUCAGGGAACUUGAUUGAAACAUUUUAUUUUUUUCUGGUGAGAUUUUGCUUCUAAGAAAUGUACAUAUGUUUUUAAAAGCAAAAAAAAAUGUUGAUGAUUUCUAGAUUAGUUGAUUCUAUGAAUCUUAGAAAAGCUGCCAUUUUAGAUUUGUAAAGAAUGUUAAGGUACCCUUUUUAAUAUGAUUGUUUCUAUGAAUAACACUUUGUUUUUCCAAACAUUUGUGUCUCUCCUCCCUCUGGAAUCCUGAGGCAUCUGCUAGCAAGAUGUAUUUAAAAAAAAAAUGUUGUUUUGUUGUGAUACUGGGGAUAAAAGAACCUAUUUUCAUAGUUUUGUAUUGUUGCUUCAGUUCUCUUAGGGGAUCUGAUUGAUGGUAAUUAGUAUAGAGAGCUAACAAAGGGUGAAGGAGGUCUGGGAGGAGGUUCAGAUUUGCAUAGUAUCUGAGGCAUGUGAUGUGUGUUAGCCCAGCGGUUGGCACUAUCUCCAGAAAUGAAGACUCUGUCACCACAGGUUUUGCUUCCUUAGGCACCUGACAACUUGGCAUCCGCCUUCCCUGAGUUUUCCACUCACCCAAUUCUGCUGCCUGUGGGUGGUUCUGAGCCCACCAGAUCCUCAUUUUUGGCUUGUCCUGGGACCUUCUAUGAAGAGGCAAGAGGUGUGCUGUUUUCUGAGGCAUACUUGAAGGCUGAGCAUCAUCAAGGAGCAGUAGGUUUGAGAUUGGAUUGUCUUAGUAAUGACAGUCAAAGCAUUUGAUUUUCACUCCAUAUCUUCACCCAACUAGGGAUGAGUGAUUCUCAGGCUGUCUCAAGGGUCCCGGGAUGUUGCCCAGCCUCAGAGCACCUGCCUUGCAUAUGUGAGACCUUGGAUUCAGUCCACAGCUCUGCAAAAGAUAGAAGGCAUAUUCAAAAGAGAUGAAGAUUUAAAUAGGAGACUGGCUCUUUUGCAAAGCAGAACACUUCAGCCAAAGAUCACACAAGAAAGGUGAAACUUUAUUAUUUUGUUGAGACUUUGAGAACAAGAACCCAAACAUGCAUUCUAUUUCUGUGCACAGUAAAGGUCAAGUGUUUUAUAAGAAAUUAGCAUCAAUAGGCUGUUCCAUGGUAUUCUACCGAGAAAACAGGUUCCAUUCUUCAGAGAUAGAAAAUAUUUUUAUUUUGUGCAAAGUUUUGGGAUUCUCUUCCUCCUAAGUGGAAACUCUAUGUUUUUGUGCAUUUAUCUUGCUUAUAAAUCUUUCCUCAGUGCAUUGUGGUGGUUUGCAGAGUUUCGCUGUCAGCCAAUAUUAGACCAAGAGCUCCCUUGAACACUUGAUAAGUGAUGUCAAUGAGGGCAUUUAUGCACAGUUAAGUCUCUAAUGGCUUCUAAACCCAUUUCUCUUAAUUUAUUUUUUGUUUCUUUUUUCCUUUUUUUUAAUGGUGCUCUGGAUUCAUUCCUGGAUCUGUGCUCAGGAGUCAUUCCUGGAGGGUUUGGGGAACCAAAGGAACCUGGCUUAGCCGAGUGCUAGCUCCUUGGCCCCCCAAACCCAUUUGUCCUUUUAAUUUUGAGUGUUUUUAUUAUUUGUGAGUAUUUAUCCUAUUUUAUUUAGAUGAAAGGUUUUACCUUUCAUCUAAAAGUUAGGGUACUUUUUUUUUUUAACUCUGAAAUCAAUAGUUUCUCAUGACACAUAUUUUGUGCCUGUGUCUUUUAUUUCUAACUUGAUUAAAAAUAAAACAUUUACAGAUCAGAGCUAGAGAGCGAAUAGGAGGUAAGGCAUUUGCCUUGCAUGCAGCAACCCUGGUUUGAAUCCCCUGAUGCCACAUGUUCCCCCGAGUACUGCAAAGGGUCAUUUCAGAGCUCCAAGCAGACAGUUACCCAAAACACAGCCAGAUGUGACCUCCAGACAAACAAAAAACAACCUCCUCUUUCCAAAAGUAUACAGAUCUUCAGAAAAGUUUAAAAUUGAAAUAUAGUGAAUAUUGCUUGGCUUAUGUUAAUUCCAUUUCUCAUUUAAAUUAUAUGGAAUUUUUAUCUUAGCAAAACUAAGAUUAAAAAUUGCAAAUAAUCAAAGUGUGUCUCCUAAUAUUCUUAUUCUCUACCAGAAAUAUAAAAUACCAGAUACUAGAGCCUUGUCCCCCAAACCAUACACUAAUUUUGGGGAUCAGUUAUAUUUUAUGCACCUGUCAUACCUCAUCUUUCUAGAAUGACACUUGUUAAAGUGCCAUGAAUUGUUGGAAUGCCCUGUUUUAAAAUAUCACUGCUAAUACUUGUUACAUGAGUUACAUAGAGUUAAUUUAUCGGGAUUCAGUUUUAUACUUUUCACUAUAACUUAAAGCAAAUAAAAUAUACUACUAGAACAGGCAAUUUUAAGAAUCAGAAGGAUGGUUUCAAAAUAAAACCCAUAGUUUAUUCAAGAGGCACAGAAAGCCAAGCUUUGGGGCUGGAGAGAUAGUUUAAGGGUUAAGGUGCUUGCCUUAUAUCCAACUGACCUGGCACCCAUAUGUCCUCCAAGCCUUGCAAGGAAUGAUUACUAAGCACAGAACCAGGAAUACCACAAAAUAGGUCCCAAAUCCAUACUUCCCCCACAAAAAUGCAAGUGCUUUGGGAAUGAUAGAAAUUAUAUAGAUUAGUUUUAUAUGUAUUAUUGAACAUAUAUUUUUUACUGUUAUUCAAGGCCUUUUAUAUGGAAUUUAUUAGAAAUCACAUUAAAGAACUCCUUAAAUGUGUAAAAACUUCAAUUUUGUGAUGCAAAGAAUCUAGUUAACUAAGUACUGUAUAAGAAAAGUAAAAAAACCUGUAUUGUUAAAAAGAAAUCAAUUCUUUUGUAUUUAGUUACCUAGCUUUUUCUACACUAUGGUAAAUGUCCAUCAGGACUUGAAAAAGCAGAGCAUAUUGUUUCUAAACCUGUAUUUAUAUCAUUUAUCAAGCACAACUCACUUGAAUGACAUCAAUGGAUUUGCUGUUGCAGUUUUUUGGGGAGUGGCGUGGAGAAAGCCAUAUUUUCAUUAAUUUAACUAUCAGUGGAACUGGACAUUUUCAGUUGUCUUAGAAAACGGAAAAUCAUUUCUCAUGUUAAAUAUCAAGCAAAGCCAUUACUUUUGUGGCAGAUCUAAGUACAGUUACCAUAUGUUGUACGGUUUGAAAGUGGGUGUAGCUGCAAGCAUUUGGCACUAGUCCUAUCACCAUUAAAAUAAACUGUUUGAAAACCA